CACGGCGGAGGCGGCAGCGGUAAGGCCGAAGCGGCAGCGGUAAGGCCGAAGCGCCUGACUGCGCAAGGGCCGGCCCGGCCCUGCUAUUAAGGCCAACAGCAGCGGCGGGGGCUUCAUUUCGAAGCGGCUCUGCUCCCCGCGGGGCCCUUGUCGGUGCGCGACGGCGGCGGCGCCACUCUGCCCGCUUUCCCCGAGGAGCCGCUGUGGCUUCCAGCCACGCGCUGAAGGGCUGCGCCGAACGCAGGCACCCCGUCCCGCCUCGCCUCGCCCGCCGGGACCUCACAGACCACGUCCGUACUUCCGAGGGCGGCGGGGAGCGCCCACUCACGGCACGCCGCCAACCGCGCGCUCUCCCGGACGGAGCUGGCGGCGGCGGCUGCCGUCGGUGGUGAUUGCGCCCCUCGCCCGCAGGAAAGCUGCGUGAGAAGCAGCGAGAGGUAUCCCAGUGAGCCAUCUCGGUUAGGAGAAUGUCAGCUGCUUUCCAAGGCAGCUCCUGUACCACACGCUCUAGCAGGAAACGGAUACCAGAGCAUGGGUUUGCACAGGCAGUUGAGACCAGUGGGUACGUUGCUGAAGAUGGACGGGUUCACUGCAUCUCCCCCUUGCUCUAUCAGAUUGGCAUCAUUAGUCUGGGAAUUUCCAGUGAUGGUGGACGAACAUUUCCCUGGUCAGGAACUUGGGUGUCAGUUCAUCAUAGCAAAGUGUCCCCUUUGGAAAAAAGCACAUUAGUAAAUGAAACCAAGUGGCAAUAUUAUGGCACUCCUGGGACUGGAGGAAACCUGACAAUCACAUGGAACCGUCAGACGCUCCAAGCCAACCACGUCAAUAUAGAAGUCUGGGGAUAUAAUGAAACAGGCAAGCCUUACUCGGACAGCUGGGCUGCUGAAUGGAAGUAUCUUUAUACCCUGAAGAGAAACCUCCCCAAUACCGGAGAGUUUACUUUCUUGCCUGCCCCCUCCACUCUGUACUAUGCCUGGGAAGUGGGGGCUUUGAGGAUUUCUUCAAAUUUUUCUUCUGAUGGCAAGAGCAAUGUGGCGUCCAUCUGGAGCACAGAGCAUGCCUUGGCCUGGCACCUUGAAGAUGCCUUCAGGAAGGAUUCAGCGGUGUGGGCCACAGCCAAGUGCCACCAGUGGGACACCAAAGAGAUGGGCCUGCCUAAUUUCCUGGAGGAGAUCCUGGAUUGUCCUUGCACUUUGGCGCAGGCCCGGGCAGACGUGGGCCGAUUUCAUACUGACUACGGAUGUGAUAUUGAAAAGGGCAGUGUGUGCACCUACCACCCAGGUGCAGUGCACUGUGUAAGGGGUGUUCAUGCCAGCCCACAGUAUGCUGCCGGGCAGCAGUGCUGCUAUGAUGCUGCAGGGACCCAGGUCCUCACCGGAGACUCCAUGGGAGGAAGCACACCAGAUCGCGGGCAUGACUGGGGAGCUCCCCCUUACAAAAAGCCUCCCCGGGUCCCCGGCUUUUCCCACUGGCUUUAUGAUGUCAUCAGCUUUUACUACUGUUGCUUGUGGUCCAAUGACUGCUCGGUUUACUUCAAGCACCGCCCCUCGAGUGGCUGCAGGAGGUACCGCCCCCCCAGAGUUGCUUCAGCUUUUGGAGAUCCUCACUUUAUCACUUUUGAUGGGACUAAUUUCACAUUCAAAGGCCUUGGAGAAUAUACGGUGCUGGAAUCCAGCCUAACUUCCUUGAGAGUCCAGGGAAGAACCCAUCGUGCCAAGCUGUCAAAUGGAACUGAAGCCAAGGUGACGGGCUUCUCUGCCAUAGCUAUGCAGGAGAAUAACUCAGAUGUGAUUGAGAUACGCAUUUCAGAGCACUCUGACAUGUUGGAGGUCCUGUUGAACCAGAAGACUCUUAACUUCUCUGAACAAACCUGGAUGGACUUGAAAGGCCUGUUUCUUUCUACUGUUGCUGGGCAGAAUGUCACUGUGAUGUUCUCCUCUGGAGUUGGAGUCCAAGUGAGCAGAAUCGGGAGGAUGCUGAGCCUGUCCAUUUUGCUGCCAGAGAAGUUCUUGAAUCACACACAGGGACUCUUUGGGGUAAUGAAUGACAACCCACAGGAUGACUUGGCCUUUCGUAAUGGAACAACCCUUGAUGCUGUUGGUUGCAGCCCGGAAGAACUUUUUGCCUUUGGAGCUGACUGGGCCAUCAGAAACGGAACAUCUCUUUUUACUUAUGACACACAUUUCUUGUUGCAAAAUUUCUUCUACGGACCAAAGCAUAACCCCUCAUUUGUGCCAAUAUUUUAUCCUUCUGAAGACCCCACUGACCCCCUCACUCAGCAAAUGGCCUUGCUUUGCCAGUCAGACCCUUUCUGCAGAUUUGAUGUCCUGACAACAAGAGACCUUGCUGUGGGAAAUAGCACCAGGUUGUCCCAUCAGAACUACAGACACCUGGAGCACAGUCUAUGGCCAGUGGUUUCUUGUGGCUGGCUGGCUCCCCCAUCAAACGGUAUGAAAAAAGGAACCAAUUACUUAGCAGGAUCCAUCAUCACCUUCCGUUGCAAUCCUGGGUACCACCUGGCAGGGUCAGCAGCAAGAAUGUGCCAGGAGAAUGCAGCAUGGUCAGGAGAUCCCGCGAGCUGCUUGCUAAAUGCAGGGAGCACGAACCAGGCACUCCCUUUGGUUUCUGCAAUUGGUAUUCUGGGCUUCCUCAGCUUGGCAGUCCCCCAAAUAGUCUAGCCCUUUUGCCACAUGGAAGGUAAGGAGAGGCCCACACAAGGCUGCAUUUCUGGCCUUUCUUUCACAAUGGAAGAAACCUGAAGCUUUUGUGAUUUAGUUGCCUAGGAUCAUCUGUCUGAGCAAUUGGACAUCAAAAAUGGAAACUCCACAGAGAAGGUGGUGAGUGAUCAUGUCAGUCUCCCAGAAUAUCCCCCCUCUGAGCUAAUUAUACAAAAGGAGAAAAAUGUUGAAUGGGUGAACAGAACACAAGGGGACAGCACUGGAGUCCAUUGGUGGACAUGAUGGGGUUUCAUCAGCCUUGAGCCAUCACCUAGAUCAGUGAACUUCCAGUGGCGAGUUCCCAGUGAGAAGGGAAAGUGUGUGCUUGGAAACCAUCUCCACCACCCCAUUCCCUCCAUCUAUGGGCUUGCUUAUCUCAAGUUCUGACAGAUUUUUAUUCAGGUAAUUGGCUCCUUUAUGAUGGUCACUUUCCCACUCCCUGCUGGUCCAGCGGGGUGGACUUGCCCAGAAUCCUGGAUGUCCAGGUCAUGCCUCUGUCACCCAGGAGUGUUCAUGCCAUUAGUCUCUAAGGUACUGCAGGACUUACGGUUGCUUUUGUUGUAACAAUAGGCUGGGGGUGGAGGGGAUCACUAUCUUUUGAAAUGUUUAUUUCUGAUACAGUGGAAAUGGUUCCGGUUAUGGAGGUUAAAGCAGUGCUGGUCUUCAAAGGCAUUCAGUAAGGAUUACUCUAAAGAAGAGGUGAUAUGAAAAUAGAGAGGGAGCGACAGUUCAACAGCAUUGUAUAUUUGCUGACUUUUGGCAGCCAAGACAGACUCACCUGGAUCUUGCUAUAGGAGUUCCAAGCGAAAAAACACACAAAAGAAUUACCCUAUAAUAUACCAACACACACUUCAUGGUUCACAGUGAAACUUGUGUGCUGCUGCAAUGCAAGGAAAUGUCAGCUAUGGAUGACCAUGAAAAUAGCCUCUGAGCAACCUGUAAAGAAGCAGGCAAUGGUUUACACAGCUGCUUCCCCAGGCACAGAAGGAUUUCAAUAAAUCCAAACAUCCAAUUACAUGUAUAUGCCAUUUAGUUCUGAGGCAAGAACACAACAUUGCACACACCUUUCAGGUCACUACCACUGGAGGGUCCUUUCUGUCCAUAGUCUCGGUUACCAUUUUGUUUCUUUUUUUUCUAUUUGUAUUGGAAGGGCUGGUGCUUUGUCCUGUCCUCCUUGAAGGUUAACAGGAGAGUCCCACUGGAAUAUGAUGUGUGAUAGAAUCAUAGAACUGUAGAGUUGGGAGGGGCCUAUCAGGCCAUCCAGUCCAACCCCCUGCUCAGUGCAGGAAUCCAAGUUAAAGCAUCCCCGACAGGUGGCUGUCCAGCUGCCUCUUGAAUGCCUCCAGUGUUGGAGAGCCCACCACCUCCCUAGGUCAUUGGUUCCAUUGUCACAUCACUCUAACAGUUAGAAAGUUUUUCCUGAUGUUCAGCUGAAAUCUGGCUUCUUACAACUUGAGCCCAUUAUUAGGUGUCCUGCACUCUGGAACAAUGGAGAAGAGAUCUUGGCUGUCUUGUGUGUGACAGCCUUUUAAGUACUUGAAGAGUGCUAUCCUAUCUCCCCUCAGUCUUCUCUUCUCCAGGCUAAACAUGCCCGUUCCAAUACCAAAAGCAAAUCCCUGGGCUGAGAUGCAUUCAGAGGUGGCCAUGCUACUGGUCACUCUCCUGAAGUGUAUGCCCAGCUCUCUUUUGGAACCAGUCUUUCACACUUGACUCCAGCUGGUGGAUUUUUCUUGGUGCUCUGAGAGAAACAAAGUAUCAUCUUCAAGCUUAAAGUCUUCCCAAUCCCACCAAGGCCUAGUCCUGCUCACUGCUGAGAGUAGAGAGCUAGAGAACUCUCAGAUAGCAGCCCAUUCCCGGCCUAAAGAUUUCCAGCAAGGAAGUCCUCUCUCUCAGUCUCCCCCCCCCCCGCAGAGAGUGCUAGUGCAGCAGCUGCGCUCAGGUCCUGCCUUCAGGCUUCCCAGAAGAGACAUCUGGUUGACCACUCUGAGAGCAUGAUGCUGGACUGGCCUUGAUCCAGCUGCUGAAGGGCUCUCCUGAUGUUCUGCUAGACUGUCCACACACACUUGCCCCUCUAGGCAAUCAGUCUCGUUGUUUAACAGCUAUCUUCUAUCUUUCUGAAAAAUAACUUGUGCCAAGGUCUAUUGAAUAAUUUUGUUGAAGAUGGCAAGCUUGUUGCAUUUAGCAAUAUGAGGCAAAAAAAAAGGAGCGUACCUGGUUUCUUUCCAUAUUCCCAACCUAUAAAUUAUAUAGAAGGGGUACAAAAGAAUGCUGAGCAAAUGAGAAAGAUUGAUGGAUUAGUUAUUAAACCAGAAGGCUGUAUUUCACAAAGUAAUCGUGAGUUGGUUGGCUUGAUAACUGUUAAUAAGGAGUCCUGCCAGCCUUUGAGAAAAGAAAGUUCAUGUUACUUAAUGACUCUGGAUGGGCCCCUACAAGGAUAAUUCAUCUGAAAGAGUACAGUUUGAGACAAAAGCUCUGCAGGCAGGCAGAAGAGAGAGAGAGAGAGAUCUUGCUUGGCCUCUAGUCCAGGCUUUGCUGUCUGGUUAUGGAGAGGAUUUGCUUCCACUUACACUCUGCUUGUAUUUUUGAAAAUACUGCACUGCCAUCGUAAUCCUCCCAGGCUUUCUCAUCCAAAGGCUAUUUGACCCCAGCAGUGACAGCCCUGGAAUAUCUCACCCCUUAAGGAACGAAGGAGCACAUAACACUGUUUAGGAUCCUCAUGAAGCUAAAACUGAACAAUCACAAAGAGAGGGUGGGGAAGAUUUGCACAUUAAAUGUCACGUCAGUUAUCUGUUAUGUUUGCAUGAAAUAUCCCGGAUAUUCACUCCAUUGAAGUAGGAAAGAAUGCCAAUGAGAUUUUUUUUUAAAUGUAUCUGACUAGUACUGAUACUUGCACUCUUCUUGAAAAGAGGCAGCCCAAAGCUAUUCGCGACAAGAUUCAAGUGCAACUCUGGCUGGCUUCUGCACACCAAAGGCAAGGGCUGCAGACAUUCCUUCACCUAAGGCAGCAAAAUGCCUUGGUCUGGCCCUGGCGCAGCCCAGUUGCAAAGGGAGGGCGGAAAGAACCAGCUGGCAGGCUGGGGUCUGUGGCAUAUGUAUUAUAUCUUUGCAACUUAUUGUUUUAGCUCUUGUAAACCACCCUGGAAAUUUUAAAUUUAAGCAUGUUAAAUAAAUGUUUUAAAU